AUGCUCGUCGCGGCUCCGGGAGGGGGUUUCCCCUUUUUCGGAGGGCCGGGACGCGGCGCCCGCUGUCUCCCCACGUCCCCAGGUCUGCUGGCGGGGGUGAACAUCACCAGCCCGUCGGCGCUGGUGCGCGGCACGGCAGGCAAGGCGGCGCUGCUGUCGGUGCGCUACGCCAGCGCCAGCCCCGACAAGCCGGUGGUGAAGUGGCAGCUGAAGCGGGACAAGCCUGUCACCGUUGUCCAGUCCAUCGGCACCGAGAUCAUCGGCAACCUGCGGCCUGACUACCGCGACCGCAUCCGCGUGCUGGAGAACGGCUCGCUGCUCAUUAGCCCGCUGCAGCUGGCUGAUGAGGGUGCCUACGAGGUGGAGGUCUCCAUCACCGAUGACACCUUCACCGGCGAGAAGACCAUCAACCUCACCGUGGACAUCCCCAUCUCAAAGCCGCAAGUGCUGGUGGCCUCCUCGACGGUGCUGGAGCUCAGCGAGUUCUUUACCCUCAACUGCUCACAUGAGAACGGCACCAAGCCCACUUACACCUGGCUGAAGGAUGGGCGGCCGCUGAGCAACGACUCCCGCCUUCUCCUCUCCCCCGACCAGAAGAUCCUCACCAUCACCCGCGUCCUCAUGGCCGAUGACGAUGUCUACAGCUGCCUGGUGGAGAACCCCAUCAGCCACGGCCGCAGCAUCCCCGUGAAGCUCACUGUCUACCGCCGGAGCUCCCUCUACAUCAUCCUCUCCACGGGCGGCAUCUUCCUCCUUGUAACCCUGGUGACUGUUUGUGCCUGCUGGAAACCAUCUAAGAAACCAAAGCAGCAAGCGGAGCCGCCCCCCCCCGACUACACCGAGCAGGAUGAGGAGCACCCCAAGCACGAGGCCGACACCAUCCCGCGCGGCACCGACCACGACCGCAAGACCCCGCUGGCCCUGUACAUCCUCAAGGAGCAGGACACCCCAGCACCCCAGGAGGAUUCACCGCCGCCCGCCGGGCGCUCGCCGGGGCGAGGGGCUCGCCGCUACCACCGCUCGCCUGCCCCUGCCCGCCCUCCCCGCUCACCCCCUGGCUCACCCGCACGCUCCCGCACCGCCCCACGCCUUCUGCGGGCCACCGGCGUCCCCGCCAUCCGGGAGCAGGAGGAAGGCAGCGCCCUGGAGAUCAGUGCCUGAGCUGGUGGCGGUGGCGGGGAACACGUGGACGGCCCCCCCCCGACGUUGAGGGGUGAUGUGGGGCACGGCGGGAAGUCACUAAUUUGGUAUUGAUCUCAGCUGGAGCUGCACCCUGCCGCCCCGCGAGGGGUGCUGGGGUGUUGCUGGAAGGGCCUGGCUGCGGGGCGGGGUGUGGGGCGCACGGGGAACACACACGCACGUGCAUUGGGUGUGCAGAGGGAGCGUGCACCGAGCAUGCACAGAGGGAGCCCACGCACAGACUGUAGAGCGUGUGCGCGCAGAGCACGCGUGGAGAGCACGCACACAGUGUGCAAAGAGAGCAUGCACGGACUGUGCAAGCGGGCACACAUGGAGCAUGCAGAAACAGUGUGCACAGUUUGUGCAGAAAGAGCAGGCAAAGAGUGAGCACAGAGAUCGUUCAUGCAGUGUGCACGGAGAGUGCGCACAGAGCAUGCAGAGUGUGCACAGAGUGUGCAGAGAAGAUGUGCGUGGAGCGUGCAGAGAACACGUAUGCAGUGUGCAAAGAGCACGCAUGGAGCAUGCAAAAGGACAUGUGCAGUGCGUGUAGAGUGUGUGUGCAGAGUGUGUAGGAACAUCAUGCACAGAGCAUGCAGAGACAGCAUACAUGAAAUGUGUGGAGAAAGCAUGCAGGCAGAGCAUGCAAGAGGGCAUGCAAGGAGCAUGUGGAAAGAGCAGCCUGGAGCAAGCAGAAAGAGCAUGUACAAAGGAUGUAAGAGGGCAUGCACAAGAGUGUGCAGACAGAGCAUGCGGACAGUGUGCAGGGAUCAUGCAUUUAGCAUGCAAGAGACCAUGCAUAAGGCAUGUCAAGAGAGCAUGCACAAAGCAUGGAUUGUGUUGAGAUAAUGCUCAUGGAGCACGUGGAGAAAGCAUGCAUGAUAUGUGCAUGGGGCAUGCAGGUAAGUGUGCAUGGCAUUUGCAGAAAGAGUGUGUCAGCAUUUGCAUGUGCCUGAAGCGUGCAGAGACCAUGAGUGUUCAGCAAGAGCAUACAUGGAGUGUGAAGAUGGAGCGUGCAUGGAACCUGUGAGAAGAGCAUGAACGAAGUAUGCAUGAGUGUGCAGGGAGCAUGCACAGGGUGUGCAGAGAGAGCACGCAUGCACCUUGCAUGUGCAAGAGCACUGUGCACCCCCCCACACAGCCCUGUGCACGCGACCUAGCGUGCAGGCUCUCACGUGCACUCACACCCAUGCACACAGGUGGAAAGCCCCCCCCAGCUCCCUGGCUGUGCUGUCCCCAAAACACGGGCCCAGGCCCCACAAGUGAACACUGCUCUCCCAGCCACCAGCCAGACCUGCCCGCUGCUGCCUAUGGAUUUUCUGUGAAAAUCACCCAGUUUUUGGCACACCCCUUCGCAUUGCCCCAGGCCUCCCCAGGAAUAGGUUUAGGACAAAGCUGGAGGGCUGGGUCACCGGCGUGGGUGCUGGGGCACCCCGGGGUGCUCGGGGUGUGUGAGCACCCAUGGAUGCUACUAACCAAUAAACUAAAUGUGUUACUCA